AUGACAGGUGUCCCCUUGCCUUCCGUCGGCCUCCUUAACCUCCCGGACGAGCUGAUCCUUCGGAUCUACAACACACUCUUCGCCUCCUUUCCCAGCGAUCGCGUGCCGGAUUACGACCUCCGCCUUGCACGAGUGAUGCUGAACUCCCGUCUCUUUCGUCUCGCCCGCAUCGCCAUCUUCCGCGAAGUCAUCGUUCGGCCGCGCGCACCGAGCAAUGUUCCAGCCGUCCUCACCUUCCUCGCACGCCAAAGCCGGCCUCUCGACGGGACGCAUACUCUGCGCAUUCAGAUCCAGCCUCUCACCACCCCGCUCCUCGCCGCGAUGAUGCCACGAUUGUUCCCGCAACUCGCCUUAAUCGACUUGACUUCCGCCAGUCCGCGGUCUAUCCUCCCGCGCUACCUCACAACGGCACUGUCGUGUUGCCCAAAUCUGAAGGUUCUCUGUCUCCUCGGCUUUGACGGACUCCGCGACACCUCCUUUGAUCUGCGAAAAUUGCCAGCACUCCGGGCCUUGGUGGUGACGGAUGCGCCGGGAGUUGUCAAACAAUUGCUACAAUCCGGCAGUUCAGCACUCAAAACACUCGAGCUCCUCACCUUGCGCCGACCCCUCCUCGCCCAGAGCACACUACCGUGGCAGACUGUGCGGGUACUGGUUCUGCAGUUCCCGGACGACGACAUGGACGACGACGUCGACCUCGUGCGCGCGAGCGUUGAGAGCAAUCUUACACAGUUCGUCGGCACCUUGCAAGAACCGACGCAUCUGUUGGCCUUGGAGCGGCUGGAGGUCACCAUUCCGCUGCCCGCCGCUGUCGCCAGCAGCUCUGCUCCGACUCAGCACACACUCGUUGUUCGCUUCUGGCAGACCGUCAGAGUUCUCCUCGACAAGUCUCAGCUCUGGUCGUUGCACAUCGACGGCGUGACGGGCUGGCCGGACGCAUUCCCGUCAAUCCGGCACGAGCAUCUGGACACGUUAACGGUGACGUGGUAUGAUGCAGCAGGAGCGCAGCCGAGGUCACGACUACCGCUAGCGGACUUGCAUCGGCUGCUCUCCGGCUUUCCGAACCUUCAGCAAUUCACUCUUCAAACGCACAACAUGGGCGGCCUCCAAGACGGGCUGUGGAUGCUCGCAAACGAGGACGACCUCCCAGCGCCCGCAGAAUUCGCCAUCUUCGACUCCAACCUCUGCGCGCUAGUUCAGUACAUAUCCUGUACGACUAUCUGCAACUGCACAUUGCGGCGAGUCGCGGCGGGCGUGGACGGGACGCGACAACUACGGUGGACUCGCUCGUCGCAGGAGGAGAGUGGGUUCACGUUCACGAAGAGGACCCGGUAG